AUGGCAUCUGUUUUGACUGUUGGUCUGGGAGUGGGUGUGGCUGCCUUCCUGGGCCGCGCCGGUCUUGUCGCCUACCGUCGGUCUCAGGGCGGCGUCAACGCCGCUGGCAAGGCCUUCUACAAGGGCGGAUUUGAACCGCGCAUGACUCGCCGCGAAGCCUCCCUCAUCCUUGAGCUCCCUGAGCGCAAGUUGAACAAGGACAAAGUGCGCAAGAAGCACCGUCAGCUCAUGCUCCUCAACCACCCCGAUCGUGGCGGCAGCCCGUACCUGGCCACCAAAAUCAACGAGGCCAAGGAGUUCCUGGACAAGCACACCUAA